AUGGGACUUCUAGCUCUUGGAACAGCACUGGAAUGGCCAGAAGCCAAGAAAAAGGCGGGCCAGGUGCGCGAGUGGGGUAUCGAGCAACUACUUGCCAAUUGGCGCCGCGCAAGAGGCAAAGAACGUGAUGCCCUCCUUUGGGGCGAUGAGGUUGAAUACCUCGUGGUAGCACUCGACGAUGCAGCGAAGAAAUCCCGUCUGUCUCUAGCUCAGGCUGAGAUCCUAAAGUCACUCGCAAGAGACGAGGCAUUGUGGAAAUCCGGGUCUGGCAAAGAGAAUAAAAAUGGGGAUCAUGAUGGAGAGGAGCCACCUCAUUUCCACCCCGAAUUCGGCAGGUUCAUGUUGGAGGCAACUCCCGGAGAACCGUGGGGAAUCGGGUUUAAAGACUUGUUGAAGGUGGAGUCUAAUAUGAAGUGGAGACGUGAAGUAGCGAAAGCACACAUGGCCCCGAAUGAGGUUCCUAUUACCUUAACGACUUUCCCCCGCCUGGGAACCAAGGAUGACUACAUCCAGCCCUAUUAUCCUCCAUCUGGGCCGGCUCUGCGUUCUCAGUUCGUUCCUGAUGAAAUCGCCAAUCCUCAUAUUCGGUUCCCCACUUUGGCUGCCAAUAUUCGAUCUCGAAGAGGCCGCAAAGUCGAAUUGAAUGUCCCUGUCUUUCAUGACAUUAAUACACCCAGACCCUUCAAGGAUCCAACUGUGAACUACGACCUUCACAAUUGGCCCGAGGAUGACGACGUCCGCAAUGGCGCAGCCAAGGACGAUCAUGUCUACAUGGAUGCCAUGGCAUUUGGAAUGGGCAGUUGCUGUUUGCAAAUCACUUUCCAAGCAAAGAAUAUGACAGAGGGCAGGAGGCUCUAUGAUCAGUUGAGUCCUCUAGGGCCCAUUCUUCUAGCUCUCACCGCCGCCACGCCCAUCUACAAGGGCUUCCUAGUGGACACGGAUGUGCGAUGGAACCAAAUUGGUAAUGCAGUUGAUGAUAGAACUCGGGAAGAACUUGGUGAAGCUCCCCUCGAAAAUGACCGGUGGAGAAUUCCCAAGUCUCGAUAUGCGUCCAACUCGACUUAUAUAUCCCAAGACCCUCGUCUCCGAAAAGAAUAUUUCGAUCCUGAUCUAGUCGUGGACGAAAAUAUCAAGAAACGCCUUAUGGACGGGGGAAUGGACGAUCUACUAGCCACGCAUUUCGCACACCUGUUCAUCCGUGAUCCAUUGGUCAUCUUCUCUGAAGACCUUGAAGAAUUAGACCUCAACAAGAGUGACCACUUCGAGAAUUUGCAGUCUACUAAUUGGCAACACAUGCGCUUCAAGCCGCCGCCACCUGACAAGGACGACAUCGGCUGGAGAGUUGAAUUUCGAUCCAUGGAGAUCCAAAUCACGGAUUUUGAGAAUGCCGCCUUCAGUAUCUUCAUUGUUCUAAUUACACGUGCUAUCUUGAGUUUCGAUCUCAAUUUCUACAUUCCGAUUCAACGCACCACGGAGAACAUGGAAACUGCACACGCCCGCGAUGCUGUUAACGAUCGGAGAUUCUGGUUUCGCAAGGAUCCAUUCACUCGUAGAGUCCCCAAGAGCGCGCAACAAUCAACAAAUGGCAGCACGUUCUCAUCGGCAACGUCAUCCGCUGUGAACACCCCGCCCCCGUCGCCCCCUCUGGGUCCGGUCGAAACAGAGUUCGAUCUCAUGAGCAUCGACGACAUUGUCAAUGGAUGUGCAGAUGGAUCAUUCCCGGGGCUUAUCCCCCUUGUAGAGUCAUACCUUAACAGUGUCAAUGUCGACGUUGAAACAAGGUGUUUCUUGGCCAGCUAUCUUGAUCUGAUCCGGAAGCGAGCCAACGGCACUCUUUGGACUGGUGCUCGUUGGAUGCGUGAGUUUGUGGCCAAACAUCCCAGCUACAAGCAGGAUAGUGUUGUGUCUGAGGAGAUCACUUACGACCUGGUGAAGGCCGUUGAGGAGAUGACUACCAAAGAGGGUAAAGACGGAUCGGUGGGAUGGGAACUUCUCCGUGGCAGAAAGGUCUAG